CAGCGACCAGCGAACAUGGCAGAAGAAGCUCCCGCAGCCGCCCCGGCCAAAGCGCCGGCAAAAGCCCCAGCCAAAGCCCCGAAGAAGAAGCCCGCUGCCCGGGCAGCGAAGAAGGACGGUCCCAGCAUCCCCAAGCUCAUCGUGGCCGCCGUGGCCGAGUCCAAGGAGCGCAAGGGGGUUUCCCUGGCGGCGCUGAAGAAGGUCCUGGCCGCCAAGGGGGUCGACGUGGCCAAGGCCAACAAGCGCAUCAACACCGCCGUCACCAAGCUGGUGACCAAGGGAACCCUGAGCCAGACCAAAGGCACCGGCGCCUCCGGAUCCUUCAAGCUCGCCAAGAAGGAGCCCAAACCCGCCAAGCCAGUGAAGAAGGUGGUGAAGAAGAAGGCUCCCGCUAAAGCCAAGAAACCCGCCGCCAAGAAGACCACCCCGGCCAAGAAGACCGCCGCCGCCAAGAAGCCGGCAGCGAAGAAACCAGCAGCCAAGAAGUCCCCGAAGAAGGCUCCGGCCAAGAAAGCUGCGAAGAAGGUGGUGAAGAAGAGUCCCAAGAAGCCCGCCGCCAAGAAGCCGAAGGCUGCGAAGAAACCCGCGGUCAAAAAAGCUGCGGCCAAGAAACCCGCAGCCAAGAAGGCCAAGAAGUAAAGCUGAUCCGGCCAGCACUCCGUGCACCAAAGGCUCUUUUAAGAGCCACCACACCCUCCUGAGAGCUGUUCCGAAUAAGAUUGUAUUGUCUAAAAAGAAAGUUUUAAUCAAAUCUCCCUUUUACUCUUCAAGGGUGAAUUAUUUGAAAUCUAAACUAGAUAUAUGGUAUAAAGCGUAGAAGUCAAGUCGUGGAGCAACAAUAAUGCAUUAAGCAAUAGUUUUGAUGGUAUAAUUUUUGCAGAAAGUACUUUAAUAAUCAGUAACAUGCGUUUUUAAGAGAUUGAUCCUUGAAAAUAGCUCUAAAUUAUGUUUUUACCAUGAUGAAGUUGCUGAGAUUCGAUUUUCAAUCACAGUAUCAAUAACUGCUGAGAUUUAAUUAGCCUUUUAUUUAAAAAAUAAGACAUUUUGACGACGCCAUUAUGGUUUUGUAUAUUUGAUUUAUGUACAUAUAGACUUAUUAUUGUGUGUGUGUGU